GGUGGAGUGAACUUGGACAGUGUACACUUUUCUUCUUCUUCUUCAGUAAUUAGCAGUAAAGCCAAUGCUUUAGCAGGAGCAUCUCGGAGGAGAAGCCAUGAGGAAGCUGCAGUAAAACAGUCAGCAAUGAUGGACAUCAGUGAAGCGUCUUUACUGGAUUACAUCUUCUCCUCUGGAGGAAAAGUCAAAAAUUCAGAUCUGUCCAAAACAUAUAAAGCGUUCAUAAACCAUAGCGAUUUGCAACUACGUGCCAAAUACAGAGAGGAGUUCAAAGCCAUCAUUGAUAGAAUUGCAGUGGUGAAAUCCGAGAAUGGAGAGAAAUAUCUUGUCCUUAAGAAGAAAUAUAAACAGCUGAUGCAAGAGUCUUCUGCUGGAGGAGAUGCAAGCAAAGAUGUUCAGAUCUCCAACCCGAAUCCAUCGCAGAAACCACCAGCAGCAGCAGCAGCACAGGUGGCCUGGUGUACCGGACCCAUAAUAACCAUUUCAGAGGUUUCAGAACCAAUAUGUACUGAUAAUAAACCAGCAGCACCAUGUGCACAGGUGGCCUGGUGUACGGGACCCAUGAUAACCGUUUCAGAGGCUUCAGAACCAACAUGUAUAGAUGAUCAGGCCGACAGCUCCCUCUCGCUGCCAACAGCUGUGGAGAACCUGGAGACUCCGGUGGAUGAGCUCUCAGCAUCAGAUAAAGAUGAUGACCUGGACAAGGACUCGGGGUCAAAGAGUGAAUCUGAGCUGGAUGAGGAAUGUGGAGGAAGUCUGGGACCCACUGCUGUGGCUCUGGAUCCUAUUGAAAAGGAGUGGAUCUUCUCAGCAGCGUGUGGCCGACUGUCUCACCUCACACAGCUCUUGAAACAAGACACUUCACUGGCCAAUAAAAAGUUUUUUGUAAGGUAUACUGCCCUGCACUGGGCUGCAAAACACGGUAAAGCAGAUAUGACCACGGCAUUGGUGGAAGCAGGAGCCGACAUAAAUACAAAAGCGGGAUACACACCUUUACAUAUAGCUGCACUACAUGGGCAUCGACAUAUAGUUGACCUGCUGGUCAGGAAAUACGGGGCAAAGCUAAACCUGCGGGACUACAGCGGUCGCUUGCCAUAUUAUUACCUCAAAAAAUUGGAGACACAAAUAGAAGACAAUGAACUAUGUGAGGCCGGUGAAUGCCAGAGUCCUGCUCAGGCCAGCGAGCGCAGAAACAGAAAGAUUUCAUCCUUAUUUCAAUCCAUGAAGAAGUGGGGUUCAGCGGAGGAUCUCGCACCCAUACAAGAGGAAAGAACCGUUCCCCAUCAACUCAUGCUUCCUGCGUUUAGGACCAGAAAGUUCUCACGGUAGAGCGCAUGAGCUCCAAACGUCUGCAGAUUGAUCGUUCAUAGAUCAAAUCACAUGAUACUUUAUUCCUCUGGGCAUAAAUAGUGUUCUAUAUCUGCAUUCACUUUCCAUAACAUUUCGUUCACUUUAAUGAUUUUUAUUGUAUGAUUAGCUUUUGUAGUUUAUUAUGCCAUAACGGAUUGUUACAUGUCAAGUGUACAAACUUAUAUUAAUCUUUGAUCUGUAUCAUUAAAAUGGAUAAAAUGUUUACAAAACCUCAAAAAAGUAUUUUAAAACAAUGCACAUAUUUUUUUUUCAAGCAAGUAGAAACAUUUCGGACCCUUGACCACAAAACCAAUCAUAAGUCGCACGGGUAUAUUUGUAGCAAUAGCCAACAAUACAUUGUAUGGGUCAAAAUUAUAGAUUUUUUAAUGCCAAAAAUAUUAGGAUAUUAAGCAAAGAUUUUGUAAUUUUCCUACCGUAAAUAUAUAAAAAAUAUAUUUAUCCUUAGUAAUAUGUGUUGCUAAGGAUUAAAUUUGGACAACUUUAAAGGCGAUUUCAAUAUUUCGAUUUUUAGCACCCUCAUACUGGAAAAAAUUAUUUUCAAGAAAAAAAUCGUAGUAUUUUUGUCUUGUUUUCAGUAAAAAAAUAUCUAAAAAUUAUUAAAUUAAGAUGCUUUUUCUUGAUGAGCUAAAUGACCCAAGAAAAUAAGUCUAGUUUAUAGACAAAAAAUAUCAAAUUUAAGUGAUUUUGUGCAUAAAACAAUCAAACAAAUUUGUUAAUGGGGUACGCAAAAAAAUAUUGAAAUUUUUUCUUAUACACUAAAUUCAAGAAAUAUUUGCUUUUUGUAUUUUUUUUAUUUUUUUGCUUGUUUUAUGCACAAAAUCAGUUAAAUUUUAUAUUUUUUGUUUUAAAACUAGACUUAUUUUCUUGGGUCGUUUCCUCAUCAAGAAAAAGCAUCUUAAUUUAAGAAUUUUUAGAUAUUUUUACUUAAAACAAGACAAAAAUACUAAGAUUUUUUUUUCUUGAAAAUCAUUUUUUACACUGCAGAUUACAGAUUUUCAAAUACUGUAGUUGUACUCAUACAAAUAUUGUCAUAUCCUAACAAAUCAUAUAUCAAUAUAAAGCUUAUUUAUUAUAAUACAAAUGGACCCUUAUGACUGGUUUUGUGGUCCAGGGUCACAUUUUUGUUUUAUAUCAUACUCUUAAGAAAUGCUGGGUUGUUGGUUUCGACCCAUGGUAUGGACAAACCCAACCAUUUUUACCAUACAGCUUUAAUUUGCCUCAUGUUAACAGUUUAAACCAUAACUGAAUUCAGAAAGCGAUUUACACCAAAUACCACAGUGUCAGAAAAAGUUCAUAGUACUUCAAAGGUGCAUAUUGGUACCAAAGAGUGCCUAGUAGUACAUCAAAAGCACGUAUUAUUAACAAAUGUAUACAUAUCUGUACUUAAAUGGUUCAUGUCAGAACCUUUUUAAAGGGUACUGCCCCAGUGACAGCUUGGGACUAUUUUUUGCAAUUUGUCUGUUCACCUAUGGUUUAUAUUCAUACAGAUAAUAAAUAUUAAUAAAAUAAACAACACCUUGCAAUCCAAUCAAAUAUCUAUGAAUAAAAAAAAACAUGCCUUAUAAUAUUUGGAAAUACAUUACUUUAGGGAAGUUAAAUGAAUGCUGUUUAUUUAAUUUUUGCCUUUUUUUUCUAUAGAUGUGAUUUAGGGCAUAUUUGUCUUGUAUUUCAAUCUUUAAAUAAAUUAUAAACAAAUAAGCUUGUUUCCUUAUGCUGAAAUUCAUCUGGUUUGUUUUUAACCCAUGCUGGGUAAAUAUUAGACAGAACUUAAUGCUGGGUUAAAAAUUCAACCCAAAUUCCAACCCAGCAUUGGGUCUUUUUCAAUUGUUUAUGGUUUACUGAAACAUUGGCUUUUUGUAUGUGUACCUGAAUGUUUAUUUUCACAGUGACAUUUAUAUUCCCUUAUAUGAAAAGGAAAAAUAAAUUUUACUGAAGAUCA